GAACUGUCUAACUUUGAUAUUCCACAAAACAUGUUUCAACUUUCAACCAUCCUCAGCCUAGCGGCUACGGCCAUAUCUCUUGUAUCAGCCGUUCCUGUUGCAGCUCCAGAGCCUACCGCAGCCCCCGAAUUGGCCAAAAGAGCAACUUGUACCUUCUCCGGGUCUACUGGUGCCUCUGCUGUGAGCGUGUCAAAGGCUGCUUGUGCCACCAUCGUUCUGAGCUCAGUUGUGGUCCCAGCUGGCGAGACCCUCGACUUAACUGAUCUUACAAGCGGAACGCACGUCACCUUUGAGGGCACCACUACCUUCGGCUACGAAGAAUGGAGUGGGCCUUUGGUCUCUGUGUCCGGAACUUCCAUCACUGUAACCGGUGCCAGCGGUUCACUGAUUGAUGGAGACGGAUCGAGAUGGUGGGAUGGAGAAGGGUCGAACGGUGGCGUAACGAAACCCAAGUUCUUUUACGCUCAUUCCUUGACUACUUCGACUAUCACCGGGCUCUCAUUCAAGGAUUCUCCUGUUCAAUUGAUGAGCAUUAAUGAUGCUACUACUCUAACAGUCUCUGGACUUUCAAUGGACAACUCGGCCGGUACAUCACUCGGCCAUAACACUGAUGCCUUUGAUGUCGGUUCUUCCACUGGCGUAACAAUCACCGGCGCUACCAUUGUCAACCAAGACGACUGCCUCGCCAUCAACUCCGGCACAGACAUAACCUUCACAUCCGGAACCUGCACCGGCGGCCACGGCCUCUCCAUCGGCAGCGUAGGCGGGCGCACCGACAACGACGUAGCCAGCGUAACCAUCUCAUCCUCCACCGUCAAAGACUCGCAGAACGGCGUACGCAUCAAGACUGUCUACGACGCCACGGGAACCGUCAAAGACGUCACCUACAAAGACAUCACCCUGUCCGGCAUCACCAAAUAUGGCAUCGUCAUCGAGCAGGAUUACGAGAAUGGCAGCCCGACAGGCACCGCUACUACAGGUGUGCCUAUCACAGGGCUGACGGUGAGCGAUGUCACGGGCACGGUUACCUCGGCGGGCACGAAUGUGUAUAUCUUGUGCGGAAGUGGUUCUUGCUCUGACUGGACUUGGACUGGGAAUGACGUGACGGGCGGGGCAACCAGUACGGCAUGUUCGAAUGUUCCUUCUGGCGCGUCUUGCUAG